AUGUGGCUUGCUGAAGUUUCCAACCCAGAGGAGACUAGUCUCGAGCAAGCUGAGCCAAGUCCCGCUAAUCCUGCCAUUCCAUUGGGUCUACAGUCCAAGUCAGGACAAGCCAAGCUCAAGCGCUUCCCUAUUCCGUCCAACUGCACAUAA